AUGUUUCGAACGGCCUGUUCCCGCUUGUUGACCAGUCGACCAAAUGUUCACAUCUCUGCUCAAAUUUCAAGCUCAAUACAACCUCGUCAUCUGUCAAGAUCAUUAAUCGAUUGCCAUCAUUCGAGGGUAGCUUUAUUAAAACACCACAACAAAGGAGCACAACACUAUGCUUUCUUACGUGAUUCAGCGCGAAAGUACAGCACACCUACCGGUCCACAUUGCAAAGUCAACUUGGAUGAUGAAAAAGAGUUGGAACGUGAACUUAAACGUGAAUUCGACCGUGAUUUUGAAAGACAAGAGAGUUUGUCUUUUUUAACAAUGCAACAAAAAAAGUGGCAAUUACCUGAGUCAGAAGCAAAGCCACCAAAAGUCAUUCGACCAAUUCUAUUUUUCGUUGGUAUAGGAGCAAUAUCCAUUCUAGCAGCAGCGUGUUGGACAGUUAAGAAGACUGGUGAUAUGGUCGAAAAUGCGGAAAAGCUUGAACUUCUUUUUCCAAUGUUUCACCAAGUAUACCCGUUAGCUCCAACGGGUAGCAAAGAAGCUUCUUGGGGUCGAUUUAACGAAGAAGAACUUCGAUUUUUGGUGCAUGCGAAUGAACGCUUUCAAACGUUUUUGACAAGAGCAAAGCGUAGAUUGUGGUAUAACAAAAUGAAUAUACUCGAAGCAUAUCAAGAUGCACUGGAAAUGAUCCUUUCCUAUUCUUCUUCGAUCUAUCUUGCCCUUCGCGAUGAACAAAAAGCUGCUAUACCAAUCUUGGCGGUCACAACUGCCCUUUUUUUCACAUUCAAGGCAGGCAAGACGGAAAUCUAA